GUGAAUGGUGACCCUUUCCUUGUUACCAAUGUUGUCCAAAAGUGAGCUUCUGCAUACAUGACAUGUACGUCUGGGCUAGAAACACCAUCCUCGGUGACCUGAAUGGUCUGUGCUUCGGCGGCCGUGAGUUCGGCGCUGGCAGGACCGGAGGCAAGUUCAAAAAGCUGCCUGUCUCUCAGGAGAGAAUCGACAAGUGGGGCGAAUCGCUACGAGUUUCGGGCAAUAUUACCUUACCGACGUAUGAAACCACUACUGCCGCUUCUAAUCCGAUCAUUUGUGAUGGCGAGACCAAACUUGGUCUCCUUCUUCAGUGCCAAGACCUUUUCGCCGACGUUACUUACGACGGGACCCCUGUCAGUGACGACUUGUAUCAGGUUUCUGUAGACUUCUGCACGUUCGACCUGUGCGCCAUGACGCUGAGCCAAGCCACCCAGGAAGCGAUAGACAACUGGAAAAUCAUAAUGAUUGGCAUGCUGGCGAACACAAUUGAAAUCAUCGUCCACACCCUCCCAAUUGAAGCCCCAACAACUGUAGCUCCAGGAUACUGUACCUUCGACGGGAAGAUCUAUGCAAACGGAGAAGAAUUUGAAAACAGUUGCUUGAUUCUGGUCUGUGAGCGAGAUACCUGGCGGCCGACAGGGCGUAUAAACAGCGCCUGUACAGUGUGUUCAAUCAGAAAUGACCCUCACUUCAUCGAUUUCUUUGCCUGGGCCUUCGACUUCCAUGGCAUAAAUAACUACGCAAUCGCAAAGAACGCAGAUUCCAGUGGAGUGACAGGUGACUUUUAUGAGUGCUAUCCCUUCAUCUCCUGUCUGGACAUCAUUACGUACAAAGAUGAUGCAGCCACAGUCGUCACUUUCGACAGAAACGGCGGGAACACGAUCCUCGUGAAUGGUAGCCCUUUCGUCGUUACCAAUGCUGUCCAAAAUGUGGAAUCCGCCGGCGGUGUCGCUCACCCGGUCCUUGCAUGGAAACAUAAUGCCAACUGCAUUCGCAUAGUAGGAACUCGGGGUAUUGCGGUGGCCUUCUGCGGAUGGGAAAUGUACGUCUGGGCUCAAAACGCCAUCCUCGGAGGCCUGGAGGGUCUGUGUCUAGCUGGCCCUGCUUUCGAGUUGGCCAAUCCACCAAGUGACUUCAGUAUCCUUCGUGUCCCUCAGGAGGAAAUUGAUGCGUGGGGCGAGUCGCUCCGAGUUUCAGGAAGUCACGCCGCGAGAAAUGUCCGUAGUAGCGAUAUAAAAAGCAAUUGUGAUGAGGCCACCGAGGAGGAGCUCCUGCAGGUGUGCCUGGCCCUUCUGCGCGGGGCGUCUUACAACGGAUAUCCUGCAAGUCAUGCUUUGUUGCAGGUUAUUGCCCAGUUCUGCAAGGUCGACCUGUGCGCCAUGACGCUGGCGAACGCGACCCAAGAGGCGAUUGAUAACUGGAAAGCCGUCAUGGUCGACAUGUUGGAGAACUCAAUCGAAGUCAUCGUCAGCUCCCUCCCCCCUGGACAUCCACAAGAUCCUGAGGAGCCAUCGACAUCAAGGUCCAGGUGCUUCAGGAAGUCAACUUGUAGACCAGGCGAGGAGACGGCGCCGCGACGUCUCGAGGAAAGGACCGGAGAUGAAAAUUGUCGCGGGGUUUGGCACUUUACCAUCUGAUAUUUUAGGGGAAAGGAGACAGGCUGUCGACGCAAACGGAUGCAGACAAAGAGAAAUUGCUUAAUUGAAGCGGACUGGUGUAUUUGCCGGGAUAUCUUGGCCAUAACAUUCACCUGUCGAAUUUAAUGUAAAGCGUAGUGGAGUUCAUGAUCUUCAGAUGUAAUAAUUGGUUGGGGAAAAUUAUUAGCUCUUGAGAAGAAAUCAACUGGAUGGGGAUAUAUAACUUAUUAGAUAUAUGGGCUGUAAGUUUGAUACUUUGAGUUUAGUGAUUGGCGACUAUACCUUUGCAACUAAAAAAAUGUGCUAUUUAUUUGCUGUUCGAUGAUUAAGAUGCAUUUUUGUUAGGUUAGCAAAGUUUUCACUUUUUAACGUUUUUUUCGUUUUUCUAUUGCCAACUAAUUCUAACACUCAAAAUUUCUUUAUUCAUAUUCAUCCAUGAUUGCCUUGGAUAGUUUAUACACAUGAUAAGAAAAUAUAAAUCUCCAUUUCGUGGGUAUUUUGUAAAAUUUAAGUAAACAGCACAAAAAAUU